CACGCACCGGCGGUGUUCGUCUGUCACGGUCGAUUGUGUCUCUGUGUCAUUAUUGUACAUAAACAAUUUAAAUACGAGGUAUUUAAAAAUCGCAGAUCGAGUGCUUUAAUUUAAAAUAUUUUUUUUUAAUAGUAUCAUUGAAGUGCAAUAAUACAUUUUAAAAACAAAUUGUGCAAUGUGCUGGUUAUGAAACUAAUGCCAAGACUCAAGCUAACUACUGCAUAAAUCCGGUAACAACCACUAACGCAGUGUGAUCCGCACACGAGCCAGUCGGAUUCUGUGGGAAACACGACGCCACCGCGAACCUCGAUCGUGAUAUCCGGACGCGGGACAUCAAUACAUCAUGCGAUGGUUAUUAGCGGCCGAUCGAUCUCAUCUGCAGCCUACAGUCGACUUUAUCCUGGACCAUGCGAAUGUUUAGACAAACAAACGUUGCGGAGAAAAAUGGCAAACCGUUGGUAACACCGGACAUGGACGGUCGUUUCUAUCAAACGGUUACCGCCGUACCGGCGAUCGUUCUCGAAGAGAGCCCCAAAUCUGCCGAAGUCAAAAGAAAGUUGAUCACUUGGGGCAGGAAAAUGGGCAAGCGGCUGGAGGGGCUGCGGAGGAGUGAGUCCCGCGACUCUCUGGACAGCCUGUCAUCCAGGGACAGCUCGACCAAACAUCAGCCCGCCGUGUGGCCGCUGGGGCAGCCGUCGUCCGGCGACAAAUCGUCAACGUCCGCCCUGAAGGGCUUUUUCACGCGUAUCGGGUCCACCGGCAUGCUGAGCUACUCGCGGCUGUACAGCAACAGCUUCCGGGACAAGCUGCAGCAGUCCAGGAAACACGACGAGUGCCAGCUGUACCGGAGCGUGUCCACGUCCCACCUGGCCACAUCGUACAUGAAGGGCGAUGACCCGGCCGACUGCCUGGAUCGCGGCGAGCCCCGGACGCGCACCGCCGCCGACCGUGGUGCCGAGAUCGAGUCGCCCACCGAGCCGGGUUACGUACCGCUGAAGACCAGGAGCUGCGACAACAUAUCCAAGCUAGGCACCACCAAGAAGCCAAACUUCCCAUACGCGUUCCUUAGGUCCAGGCUGUCAGUGCUCCCCGAAGAGAACGGCGGCGGUGCAGGGGGCGGCGGCAACGCCGUCGGCGGCCACCCGGCGGCCCGAGCAGCCGGUCGACAGCGGAACAGCACGGCAGGGUCGGCGCACGAAAUAGUGGUCACCGAGGAGCUGUUCAGGGAGAUGGACAGCGACAGGGAAUACCGGCGCGUGUUCAGCAACAUGAGUUCGUCCAACGAGUCGGGAUACGAUAGCGACGGUCCCGGCAGAACGCCCGACACGUACCACCACCAUCAUCAUCACCAUCACCAUCACCAAAAGGCAGCCGACGAGGACAGCGGGUUCGGAGACACCAAGUCACUGGCCACGGACAGCCUUAACGAGUUUGAGGAACACUUGGAGCCGCCGUCCAGGCGCCACAGCGACAAGGAUUACAACGUGCCAUCCAUGUGUCUGUUUUACAAGAAAAACCGCGAGAUCAACGAUCGCAUAAGGUCGGACAGACAGUCGUCGAAGGACACGCCCAACUUCCACCGUCGGAUGUUCAUCAAGAACCGUUCGUCGCCGCCCAGCAGCACCGCCGCCGCCGACCACCUGUCAUCGUUGCCGGCCGAUCUCAACAACCUGCGAUCCCGUAUGCAAAUGGUCCGGUUGCUUAAGUCGCGGUACGAGGACGACAUCGGCAUUUACUUGAAAAUGAUCGUCAAACACGUAGCGAAUUACAACGAGACCAGGUUCGUCGUGAUGAAGCUAGAACCGGGAAAGAUAGCGUACAGAGACGGCAGGAUUAGAGUCAGCGACGAGAUAAUCAACGUCAACGGCAAAUUGUUGCGCGGUAUCACCGACAUGUACGAGGUAGAGAAAAUACUGAAUCACAGUUUUUCCAUAGCCAACAAGUAUUACGUGGACAUCGUACUGUCCAGGUCCGAAUCGCCAGACUCGACUGUGAUGGCUUUUGACCACGGUCACGUUGCCGCCGAAUCGUCCAAACAAAACGCGAUCUCCGUCAUCAAUCGAGUGCUGGCCAACAAAAUGAACAGUCACUCAUCAAAAUCCCCGACUCCGAGCAUGAGUACUGUAUACAUGGUUGUGACCUUCUACAAGGGUACCGGUCAUAAAUCGUUGGGAUUCAGCAUCGUGGGCGGGUCCGAUUCGCCGAAAGGCGAGAUGGGAAUAUUUGUUAAGACCAUAUUCACAAGUGGCCAGGCCGCGGAAAACGGGUCAUUGAUGGAAGGUGACGAGAUACUGUGUGUGAACGGCGAAUCCGUCAGCGGGAUGACGCACGCGCUGGCCAUAAAUUGUUUUAAAAAAGUGCGCCAGGGCCCGUUGGAGAUAAAAGUAUGCCGGAGAAAAAUAAUUCCAGACGCCUGUGGACCGAACGGCAAUCGCAGUUUCAACAAUGGCAUGAUAACGGUGGCGACGACGACGAACACUACUCAAACCUUUUGAAGACCUCGCGCGUAUUUUUUGUUAUUAUUAUUAUUAAAAAUGUUGUGUACAUACCUAUAUAUUCAAAUAUUAUAUAUUAUACUGUCACGACUGUAUGUGACAAAUUGUAGUCUAAUAUAUUACAUUGUACCUGUACAUACAUAUUAUAUAUAUUAUGUUGUUUUUGA